AUGUUAAAGCGAUUUUUCGAUAGAAUUAAAAAUUAUUUUUUUGAUAAAUUUCAAACAAAUGAAUUUGCCUACGUUUUGUAUCCGUUUUUGCGUAUUUUUAAAUUAUUCGGAUUUCUACCGGUGCAGUUGGAACCAAAUGAGAUUUUAAAUGAAAAUUAUAAAUUUAAAUUGGAUAAAUGGUCAUUUGUGGCUACAUUUAUUGGAUCAAUAGUUUUUAUUGUGGGUUUCUAUUUCGGUGUUAUUCACCUAAGCCACACCAAGAAUUUGGCACAACUGCAUGAAAGUACCGUUAUUGCAUAUUUUACUACUUGGGGUCAAAUUGUAUUCUUAUUCGUCUUGGCAUCCUAUGGUUUAUUGAAUACCUGGUUUAAUAUCUCCAAAAUGCAUGGUUUGUUUUUAUGGAUUUCCAAAAUAGAUCAUCAGCUAGAAGAAGUUACGGGUCGAGAACUAAACUAUACACGUAUGCGAAAGAAAUUAUUUAUACAAUUCUUUGUGGUCUUCUUAGUGCCUAGCAGUUUGUCGAUGGUAAAUUGUAUUGUCAUACAUUUUGGUCCGAAUAAAAUAGAUGUUUGGUCAACAUGUUUUUGGUUUGUGUGUUUUGCUCCCAUACUAUUGCUGACUUUUAAGGAGUUUCAAUUUUACAAUUUAAUGUUUGUGCUCAAAACUAAAUUUGAUAUUAUUAACAAAGAAUUGCUGCAAUAUGGAGGUGAUAAUUUACUCUCGUGUCGUAAGAAGGUUAAGAAAGAUGUAUUGAACUCGGUUAAACCAGCUUGUUCUACGGAUAUUAUAAGAAAACUUUUGGAAAUCUAUUCGAAUACCGCUGAUUGUGUGGAUUUACUAUUAAAGAUAUUUGGCUGGCAUUUACUACUCUUGACCAGUGCUUCGUUUGGUGUUAUAACGGUGCAGGGUUAUAAUUUAUUUGCCGCCUUAAUUGUACACACCAUGGAAAUGGAUGGCUAUCAGUUGACAGUUGUUACGGGCUGGAUAGUAGUACAAAUUCUGAUUAUAGGCUUAAAUGUUGGUACCUGCGGCAUGACCUCAAAGGCAAUGUCUUUAACUGGCCCCCUACUGCACCGCAUCAAGACAAAUUCUCUUACAAACUGCAGUUUCUACCUAAAUGUAGAAUUAUUUUCCUUUGAAGUGUUGCAUCGUAAAAAUAAUUUCACUGCUGCUGGCUUCAUUGAUAUGGACUAUAAACUAAUAACCUCGAUAAUUGCUGCUGUUACCACUUAUCUGCUGAUUAUCAUACAAUUUCACUUUAGCAGUCUACAGAAAAAAAUUACUAGCGACUAG